CGCAAUAGACCGAAACCAGAACUUGUUCGAUAAUCGAGAAAACGUAAAUGGAGUCCACUGAGCUUUGGACGUAGAAAAUAAACACGGAUUACAUCUACUCUGGCGUAUCUCAAGGUUUGACUGGCCUGAUGAACCUUGCAAGCCUUUCUGGAGACCAGCAGUCCAAUCUGUUGUUUGUUAAUUUUAACCAAGACUGCUCUUCUCUCGCUGUUGGUACCAAAACUGGUUACAAGCUGUUUUCAUUAAACUCCGUGGAAAAACUAGAUUCUAUUUAUGAACAAGAUUGUGAAGAUAUAUCUAUUGUAGAAAGAUUAUUCUCUAGUAGUUUAGUAGCCAUUGUUAGUCUGUCAUCACCGCGUAAACUAGAAGUCUGCCAUUUUAAAAAAGGAACAGAAAUAUGCAACUACAGUUAUUCAAACUCCAUUUUAGCUGUCAAGCUAAACAGACAGAGAUUAAUUGUGUGCUUAGAAGAAAGUUUAUACAUUCACAAUAUACGGGACAUGAAAGUACUUCACACUAUCAGAGAUACUCCUCCAAACCCUAAUGGUUUGUGUGCUUUAGCAAUAAGCAAUGAUAAUUGUUACCUCGCAUAUCCUGGUAGUAAUCAAAUAGGUGAAGUGCAAAUAUUUGAUACAAUUAAUUUGAGAGCUGUUACGAUGAUACCAGCUCAUGAUAACCCAUUAGCAGCAUUAGCCUUUAGUCACCAGGGUAAUAAAUUAGCUACAGCAUCAGAAAAGGGAACCGUAAUAAGGGUAUUUUCUGUGCCUGAUGGUCAAAAACUGUUUGAAUUUAGAAGAGGAGUAAAACGGUGUGUUAGUAUCAAUUCAUUAGGUUUUAGUACAGAUGCUUUAUUUCUGUGUGCAUCAAGUAAUACAGAAACAGUCCAUAUAUUUAAACUAGAUAUCAAUAUGAAAGAUAAAAUGGCUAAACCUCAAGAAGAGAGCCAAGGGUGGAUGGGUUAUUUUAAUCAAGCUUUAAAGACAUCCGCGAAUUAUUUACCAACUCCAGUAACAGAAAUGUUCAAUCAAGGUCGCUCAUUUGCUACAGCCAGACUCCCUAACUCAGGAUUAAGAAAUGUCUGUGCUUUAUCUUUAAUCCAGAAAAUCCCCAGAUUAUUGGUGGCGUCUCAAGAUGGUUAUCUUUAUAUAUAUAACAUAGAUCCAAACGAAGGGGGUGAAUGUACCUUAAUAAGACAACAUAGGUUAGAUGGACAGCCAGGAGAAAGUCACCCACCAGAUUCUACAGCACACGAUCGUCCAUUGGCUCAACCAGGUCUUUCGUACAGUGGUGCUACACGUAGAGACAUUUCUACAGGUGGCACUCCAGCAGAAUCUCAGCCAUAUCAAGAAUUAGAACAAGGAGCAGUGGGUGGAGAAGAUGCUGAUUUAGGAAGACUGCGAUUGGAUGAUGAUAAUGAAUUCCCCCCAAUGACACAUAAAAGUGAUUGAGAUGAAUCCAUGUAACAAGAAUUUUAUGAGGGGAAAUAUUGGACAGUAUCAAUGCAUGAAUAGUAUAAGAACUUUUAUGGGUAUGGAAUCUAACUGGAACUUGUUAUUAACCAGAAUUAUGUAGUUUAGGUAAUACACAUUAAUUAAAUCUGUAUAGUACUGAAUAUUUUGAUAAAAAUUGAUUUUAAAAAUUCUGUUAUGUUAAUCAGGAUGAAACAGUAUUGUUUUAAAUUAGUAAUAUGUUGAAAGAUUAAAGAAAAGUUAUAAUAAAACAUAUGGAUUCGUUUUGCCAUAGUAUAUUGAAAAUCUUUAUAAACAAUUUAAUUGAUUGUUAAAUAAACCUAAUGAUAAGAACAUAACUGAAUCAUAAAAAUAUUUUAUUUUUGUUUUUAAUUUGUUAAUUUUCUUUAGUUUGUGAAAUUGUUGUUAUUUAUUUUUCUUACGAUGAUGAUUUUAGAAGCACACUAUAAUUAAAUGCAAUAGUCCAUUGCUUCUAACAAGAGAUAGAUAAUGGUGACAGCUUCUCAAAUCAAAUUUUAGAAUAAUUAUAGAGGUACCUUCAUUCAAGCGCUACUCAGGUUCUUAACAUCCUGAAUUCUACCAAAUCUGUGAUAUGGCUCCGUCAGCCUAAAAUGGUAAUGGUCAAAUAUGUUUAUUUAACUGUUAGUCAUGUCUCUACUCUUUCGAAAACUAGUUCUUGUUCAACCAGUACAUAAUGAACCCGUUCUUUUAUUUUGUUUGGGUUUUUAAAUGGAGGUGUGUAGAAAUAUGUUUAAAAGUUGAUUCUAGUUGCUAUCAUCUUUUUCCUAUCUAUUGUUAGAAAAAAUAGAAACAGGCGGACCAUCUGCUGUGAGUAAGUACUAGUAAGGUGUACCAGUAUAUGAAUUUUAUGUUUUAAACAAAAAAAAUUGCCUCAUUAAGAUCGAUUGGAACAAAAUUGUAGAAAGUUCACAUGUGUUAUUAAUAAAUGCUGUCCAAAUAAUUGAAGGGUAUGGGUCAGAAUCAAGACGUGGUAGUGAAAGUCCCACUAUAUUUUUGGGUUUAUUCCAUUUUUUAAAAAACAAAACUAGUCAGCUUGUACAGUUGUAGUUUUCAUUUUAAUCCACACCAAUUUGAAUUUGUGUUCUUCUGGAAUACUGAUAAAAUUUUAUUUCCAAUAAGUGAUUGUCGUUCUCAAAUGUUCUUAGUUUCAAGUUAUGAAAUUUUUAUACAAAAUAUCGCUCAAGACCCUAAAGAACUAGAAAUUCAUUUGGUUGGUCGUAUGUAUGUGAGCACUCCUGUAUAGAUAUGGAUUAAUAUUGGUUAUGUAUAACAAGGAACAAAGUUAUUGUAUAGAGUGAUUUGAUUUAUUAAUUUAAUCCAAAUAAAUAUCAACCAGUCACACAAUUUCAUUCUUUGAUACAUUUCACAGUAAUAUUUCAUAUCUAAGAACACAUUCAUUCUUAUGUAGAUAAAUAUCCUACUUAUUCCAUCAAAUAGUAUAUUUAUUUCAUUGUUAAAGAUAUCCAAUAAUAUUGAUAAUUAAUAUAUAUGUUUUUUUUCUGUCCUUAUAAUUUAUAAUUGUUCCUGUGUGAGUAGGUAUGUGAUGUUAUUUGUACAAUAUAUUACAAAAUUCUUGUGACAAAUGGCUUAAAAGCAAUUAAUAGUAGAAAAAUAUGGAUCAUAAAAAGAACUAGGUUAGUAGGUAUUCAAAUGGCCUAAACUAGUGGUUGUACAGAAUAGGGACCAUUUUUUGGUGAACAUUACACUCAGACCAUGUUUUGUCCAUAAAUAACCUCCAAAAAUUGUAAAGACCAAUGGAGAGUUGCUAAAUGAUGCUUCUAUCAAUGGACAUUUGUUGUUUUAUUUUAACCCUUUAGCACUUGGUACAUGUAAGUAAUUAAUGACUAUGGCAGUUUCCUUAUAAAAAAAAAAUUAGAGAAAGAUGAUGUUUUGUUACAUUGAGCAAUUUUACGAAACCCCUUGAAACAACUGCUCCCUAGACUGCCUCAGACCAUCUGAAUCACAGAACUAAUAUAUGGUCCCUAAAAAUAUAACUCACAAUUAAUCACUCGAAUUGUGCGUCUGGCAGUAAGAGGUCAGGAGCCAUGAUUUGAGAGGUUAUGUGCUGAAGGGUUAAGAAAAUAUUGAUGUGCUAGAUAUAUAUACUUGUGUAACUUAUAUUCUGUACUAGUUUACAGGGAUAUUCCAUUGAAAUACCUGCUGUGAUAGGAACACCAUUUUUAUCUUUUUAGAACCCCUUUGGCCUUACCAAUAAUUGCUUUUAAAAAAGCGCAGACCAUUUUAUGAUAGCCUCUAUUAAUGAAAUUAAUUUCAAUUUUGUUCCCAAAAAGCCCCACACUUGGGUAAAAUCUAAAGAAGUGGUGUAUCCAUUUGUAGGUAUUUCAAAUGGGACAGCCCUUUUCUCCCUGUACAUGAAGAGCACAUAAAAAUACCAGUGUACAUAAAAAAAUAUGACCCACAGCACCAUGCCUUAUAAACUUAUUGAAUGAAGUGAUGCUAUGGUAGUGUUGUAUUGUUAUUUUGCUUCCAGUGUUGUAUAAAGAUCAUAAUUCAUUUUCUGUACAUAUAUUUUUCUUACAGCUUGUUGAUGAUAUUGUGAGGCACAUCAGUGGCAGUUGCCUAUAUUACAAUAAUAAUACCUAUCUUAUAAAAUAAAAUCAUUUUUAAACACAAA